AUGUCGUACUCGCAGCUUGAGACAAGAUCAUUUGGAAACGAUGACUGGUGUCUUGGGUUUCAGCCAAUCCUUAGCAAAGGGAUUCUUACCUCGCUAAGCAAUGGAUUUGUACAUUUACUUGACUGGCAGACUGCGAAGUCUAUAAUGAAUAUAUCAGCCCAUAAUAAACCCAUCAAAGACAUGAAGUUAAUAAAUGGCGACUCUAAUGGUGGCUCAAUUUUUGCAACCGCUAGCGAAACAUGCGUUAAGAUCUUUGACAUUAGAUCCAAUCAGUGCAUUGCCUCAUUGCACAACGAUAAAUCGGCACCUUUUUUGUCACUCGAUUCGCAUCACGAUAUGCUAGCGUGUGGUACGGAACUAUCUGGAAUUGAUGCAGAAAUUCACAUAUAUGAUAUUAAGAGAUGGGACACCCCACUGAGAUCGCUGGUGGACUCUCAUCACGAUGAUGUCACGACCAUCAAAUUUCAUCCAAGCGACCGCAAUGUACUUAUGAGCGGAUCUACAGAUGGCUACGUGAAUAUCUAUGACUUAACCCAACAAGAGGAAGAUGAUGCUUUGCACCAAGUGAUAAACUUCGCUUCGAUCCAUUCUUGUGGUUGGUUGGCACCAAAUCGGAUCUUCACAUUAUCUCACAUGGAGACAUUUGGAGUUCAUGAGCUGAAUGAUAAAUCUGAUGAACCCAAGGAGCCUCAGCCGGCGGACUUCGGCGAUGUCAGACAAAAAUGGGGUUGCGACUAUGUGGUAGACGUGUAUCCCGGCUUCAUUGCGACCGGAAGAACUGAAGAAGGUAAAGGAGAGCUCAAAUUACUGCCAUUUUCCAACGAAAUGGUUGAUAAAGAGAGUUUGAUUAUACCCCGUGCGCAUGGAGAUGAAGUUGUAAGGGAUGUGUUCAUUCCUUACCAGCAGUCUAACCUUCUUUACUCAUGUGGUGAAGAUGGUUGCGUCAGGAUAUGGAAGUCAAAUUGUGGCGCUUUGAAAGUUCCGCAAGAGCUUUGGGACUACUCAAAACCAAUGAAUGUUUUUGAAAACAGUGUGGUGGAAGUCGAGAUGGGCGAUGUAAGUAGCCACAAUACGGAUGCAAUUGCAAGCAACGACCGGCCUGGUGACCACACUAUUGAAGAGAGCAAAGCAAAAAUUGAGAGGAAAGGUAAGAAGGAUAAAGGAAAGAGAAAGGACAAGAAACAUCGGUACAAACCAUAUUAA